AUGCCUCAGCAAGAGGUCGCUGACUCUUCAGCCGAAGACCGCGUCGAGGUCGAUGAGGAUGAAGUGGACUCGACCUAUGGCGAUGAGGUCUCAUCCUCCAGCACGUCGUUGCGCAGCAGCAUCAUGAAGUACGAAUGGAAGAAUGGACGACGAUACCACAGCUAUCGGUCUGGGACGUACAACUUUCCCAACGAUGAUCGAGAGCAGGACCGACUGGAUAUGGUUCACCAUGUUUACUACCGGGCGCUCAACGAUCGCCUAUUUCUCGCGCCAGUUGAACCGAAUGGGCUUCGCAUUCUCGACAUAGGCACAGGAACAGGUCUGUGGCCGAUCGACCUUGCGGACUUAUAUCCUGGCGCCACUAUUGUCGGCAACGACCUCAGUCCGAUUCAGCCGCCGUUGGUGCCUCCAAACGUCAAGUUCUUUGUCGACGAUGUCGAGCUGGAUUGGGUCGAAUCCAUAAAAUACGACUACAUCCACUGUCGGUACAUGGCGGGAUCGAUCAAAGACUGGCCACGUUUGAUCCGUCAUAUUUACGAGAACCUCAAGCCGGGAGGGUGGAUAGAGCUUCAGGAAACCGCUAACACGCUCUAUUCGGAGGAUGAUUCCCUCAAACCGGACAACCCUCUGGUGCAUCUGAUGGACCUGCUUAUCGAGGCUUGCAGCCGAAUUGGACGGACACUUGACCCAGCGCCGUCUUUUAAGGACUGGGUUAGUGAAGCGGGAUUCACUAAUGUCGAAGAACAGCGCUUCAAAUUACCCGUCGGUAGCUGGCCAAAAGACCCUCGGCUAAAGGAAAUUGGCGCCUUUCUUGCGGUCAACUUUUAUGAGGGCGUCGACGCAUUCACCGCAGUAUUGUUCAGGGAUAUCCUAGGCUGGUCGCAAGAGGAGGUGGAGGUGUUCAAUGCCCUUGUGCGGGCAGCAGCAAAGCGCAAACAUGUUCAUCCUAUUUUCGACUUUGUUGUGGUUACAGGCGUAAAACCGGGGGCUUAA